AGAGAUGAAAUUUGCAUUAGAAUGCGCAAUACCAAACCCUAACCCAGCCCUCCGAGUCCAGAGCUCCCAAAAUAAAAUCUCAUGCCGAGUUCUCCGACAACCUAAUUUUGGAUGGCGGAGACCAAUCACCAACUCGAACCUACAAUAUUCCCCGCGAAGCGCAAACCCGAUCUCGGCUCCGAAGAUAACCCACAAAAAACUCCGAAGCUUCAACCACCUCUCGAUAACAGCACUAUCGUUUCCCAAGAGAAAAGCCCAAUCCUAGAAGCUCCUGAACGCGAUUCUUCAGUACCCGACGACAAAGACAUCAAAUUCGAGGCCGAUUCACUCGCGGAAGCCGAAGACGACGGCGACGAUAAUUAUGAAGAUGACGAUGAAGAUGCCGAGAAUGAUCGGGGGGAAACUGAGGUGGACAGAAAAGGGAAGGCAAUAGUGAGGGAUGACAAGGGCAAAGGCAAAUUAAUGGUGGAAGAAGAAGAUGCUGAUGAUGACGAAGACGACCAAGACGAUGAUAGCGAUAGCGGGACUGAUAUAUCCAAUAGUGAAAGCGAUUUAUCGGACGAUCCGCUAGCGGAGGUCGAUUUGGAUAACAUUCUUCCGUCCAGGACUCGGAGGCGGACCGUUCAGCCUGGUGUUUACGUCGCCAACGAUAUUGGUAACAACGACGAUGACAGCGACGACAGCGAUGCGUGAGUUUAAGGAAUGGAAGGGAUUAUUGCAAAAACAGAGAAGGGGAGGCUAUACCUUUGGAAUAUAUGUGCUUACUGGCCAAAAGAAAGGAAUUAUAUAUGCUUGGAGAAGCACAACCGACAUCAAAGCUGGUGGGUUGUGAUAGAUAUGAAUUGCAUGGAUGCCCAUGUCUGAAUUAUCAGUAACGAGAUUUGUAUGGCGACCUCGUCAAGAAAUAGAAAUACUUAGGCUAUGUGGGCUCUUUGCUCUAAAGGUGACUCUACUUCAAUAUUUGCACAAUCUGACCAUUGAUUUUCAACCUUUUCAAAGUUAAAACCCCCGUUUAUGACACCCGGUGCUCUCUAUGAUGAAGUUCAAUUAGCAUGGCAGUAAUUCUUUGUAAAUGUUAUUAAUUGAAGAUUGUUGGUGCGUUUGGUCA